UGGAGGAGAAGCUGCACUAAAACAACCCUACACUAGCUUGAACAAGCGACCACGGAAUGAGUAGUUAUCUAGUAGAGUUUGUGCCAGCUAUACUUUUAAACGUUUUAUGUUAAACGUGAGGAAUACUGACGUUUAACUGGACAAGUCUCAAGCAAUUAAAUAAAGUGAAAUGUCACUGAGUGCAACGUGUGACUCGGUCUCUCAGAAAAGGACUCUGUCGAGUCUUCUUGCUGGCCGUGUUGUGAAGAGGCCAAAGCAGGAGGAUGGUCAGCGGCUGCAGGAGGCUGCCAUCCAGCUGUUACAACAGCAGCAGAGCCUCAGCUGUCUGCUCAGGGAGGUCGGGAAUCCAGAUCUGUGCAGUAUUUUCAAAUCUCAUGAUGGGAAGCAGAAACAAGCAGAGUCAGAAGGCAUCUCAGCUGCUUUUACAGGUUCACUACUUGUAUGCGAGCUGAGGCAUCAGGCCUCACAUCUUGGUGUCCCGGUUGUGGGGCUGUCAGUGAAGAUGGUGCUGGAGAGACUGAGGGAGAUCACUGAAACUGAGGAAGAGGACAAGAAGAGAGAUCUGCUUUCUUCCCCUCAACGAACACAGCUGUGUGUCCUGCUGGAGGCCUGCAGGAAGCUGCUGUCACAGGGAGCCCUCUGCCCCAAACUCCUCUGGCAGGAGUACAGAAGAGAUCAGAGGCUACCUAACCUGGAAGUGGUGUACCAGCUUCAUCUAAACAACAUCAUCACUCUGAAGCACAUUUUAGAGAGUGAUGAAGGAGUGAGGCUCUGGUUGAGCUCACUGUUGAAGAGUCUGUGCAGCAGCAAACUUUCACAUGAAGAUGAGACCAGAGAGAUUCAACAGAAAGUUUUAAUGACUUUGGUUGGAGUCUUGGUGGGAACGGGCUUUGAACAGAUCUCUGAUCCUGGGUCGGCAGAGCGGAGAACAUCCCUGCUCUGCCGCUCCAUGCUGGACGACAUGCUUUUCUGGCUGCUUGAUGUCAUUGAAGAAAGUUUGACUGCUCAGUCAGCAGGAUCAGGACCUGAGCUCUGGAUUCAAAUAUUUGAUGCUUCAUUGUGUGGUGUUUCAGCAUCAACAGACGCUCUUCAGAAUUUCUUCACACACUCCCUCACACAAACUCUGACUUAUAAGCCUCGACUAACAGUGUCAGAUGCUAUCACUCUGCAGAAUAAGUGGAUCUUUGCAAAAACCAGCCGCCUGUUGACCUCUCUGUUCUGUAAGCUGGCUGUGAUCUUCAGCGUGGAGCAGCUGUUGAGUCACCUGCAGCAGGUUUUGGAAACCCAUGAGGUGAACUGGAAACAUGUCCUCUGCUUCCUCUCCACUCUGCUGGUUUACAAUCCCUGUGCCCAGUCAAGCCUCAGAGAUCUUCUCUCCAGACUGCUGACGUCUGCAUUUGAUGGCUAUGACCUGGAAAACAUGAUAACUGCCUUCCUACUGGCUCGACAGGGGGCGCUGGAAGGACCUGGCAUCUUCACCUCCUACAACGAGUGGUUCAAGAUGUCAUUUGGUGGUGGCAGCAGCUACCAUGCAAGCAGUAAGAAAUCUCUGGUGUUUCUGCUGAAGUUCCUCUCAGACCUGGUGCCUUUUGAACCACCACAGUACCUCAAGGUUCACAUUCUGCACCCUCCAUAUGUACCUAUGAAACACCGCAGUCUGCUGAUGGAGUAUGUCUCCCUGGCAAAGACUAGACUGGCUGAUCUUAAGGAAUCAGUGGAGGAUAUGGGUUUAUAUGAGGAUGUUUCUGGUGCAGGAGCAUCAUCAGUGCAGUGCCAGGCUGCCCAGGAUGUGGACAAAGCUGUUUCUCUGUUUGAAAGCACCAGCAAAAUCUCAGCCACAGUUAUGGAGGCCAGUAUUUUCCGUAGGCCAUAUUUCCUCACACGCUUCCUCCCUGCUUUGCUGACACCAAGAGUGCUUCCUGUGAAAGCUGAUGCUCGGAUGAGUUUCAUAGAAGCCCUGAAAAAAGCAGAUAAGAUCCCUGCUGCACAGUAUUCAUCUUAUUUGGAGGCUUGUCAGAGAGAGAGGCAGCAGGAUAAAAGUGUCGUGUGUUUGGACACAAAGGAUGAUCCUCUGGAGGUCUUGAAGAUUCAGCUGCAGGAGUUUACACUGCUGGUUGUUGAGGGGAAUGAUGGAGAAAUGUCGGCACAGCUUUCCAGGAUCUCACACACACUGAGUGUCAUCUUUCCCGGCCGUACCGAAGAGCCGAGUGGACAGAAAGUCAUCAGCCUUCAUGUAAACCCUCCACAGUUUCCUGAACUCCACGUCAAAGUCAUCAACAUGAUCCUGAGAAACUUCUGCCAAUGCAUGUUAAACGCUUCCCAAGCAAACCCUCCAAAUAAACAGAGCCUGUGGGCCUCCAGGUUUGUUGGAAUUCUUCUGGGUAACACACAGCUCCUCUCAAGCCUCUUACACAGACUCUGGGAUUUAUUUCAUAACCAGGGGUCAUCCCUGAAUGCAGCACACUUAAUUGGACUAGCAGCGUUAGUGGUCCACCUGCAUGCCUCUAUGUCCCACAGUCCUCUGGUUCAGCUGGUCCCACACAUCCUGCCUAAACCUGUACCUGUGGGAGAAGCUCUAAGCUUGGCGCUGGUCUGCAGCACACACACUGACAUGCUCUUCUGUGUCAGGCUGUGUGUAUCGGCUAUGUGUUAUGGGAUCUGCAGAGGAGACGCACUUCCUCAGCAACAGCAGCAGGACCACAUCUUCAGCAGCCUCUAUAAGAAGCUCCUGUACCUCAUCCCGAGACUGUUGCCUGAAGCCAGAAGAGCUCCUGUCAUUGCUGGAGGUCCAGUCAGUGAACUCCUGGAGGAGAACCUACCCAGUCUGUGGAGCAGUGCCACAGACACCAACCACACUUGGAGGAAGACUGCCUGGAAUCUGUGGAGGCAUGCUGCUUUCUCUCAGCUACGACACAAACCUCAGUACCAGUUGAGUUUCUCAGAAUGGCUGACCAAUGAGCUUCAAGUUCAGAGAAGUGAAGAUGCUCUCUCAGACUCAGAGCGUCAGGAGUACCAGCAGUGGGCCUGCUUGGAGCACUACCUGCCUCUCCCAGAGGAGCAGGGAGGCUGUGGAGGAGACAUAAAGAACCUUUGUGCUCAUCUGCUCACUGCCAUCAUGGAUCAGCAGCACUUAAGCAGCCAGAGCUUUCAACACCUACAUCCCAGAGUGUCAGAAAGAGGAACCUGUCUGCCGGACAUCCUGUCCAGAUUACAGGAGCUCGUCUAUGAGAUGGAAAUGACUGACCAUGCUAGUAGCAGUAGAAGAAGUGCUGGUGUCUUUGAUUUCCUGUUUGAGCUGGUGGAUCAGAGAUGUUUUCCUCCAGGGACUUCAGCCUCACCCAGAAUGAGCACUGAGCUCAACCUGCAACACAUAAUGAACUCAUGGAACAGAGUGCUGCUGACUCUACCAGCUGUGUUGAUGGUUCAUGUUAAGACUGAAGGAGAGAGGAUGACUCUGGACUGUAACAAACUGAUUAAACAUGUCAACAAGCAUCAGAGGCAGGUGUGUUCCCCAGCUGGUUUGCUGCCUUUCCAUCUGACAACACACUUCGUAAAGAGUGUUUUAUGUGCCAGUGUACGUUGUGGACGCUCAAGGGAGGAGGUCAACAGAGCCUGGUCUCAAAUCAGCUUACACUGCCCUCUUCUUCUGGUCUCCACAGUGCACUGGUGGGAGCGUCUGUCUCCAGUGCUGUUGUCACUGUGGCAUCGUCUGUGUGAUGGAGAGCCCUUUCCGGAUCAACUACAGCACCUCACUGACUGUAACACCUGGGCAUCCAGUUUAGAGAAGGAUCCCCUGUCAUCGCCUUCAACAGUGCCUGCAGGCCCGGCUUUACAGCUGGCUGCCUGCUUGCAGUCUGCCUGGCGAGGCUCUGGUUGUAACACCCAGCGCUUCAGCGCUGCUCUUAAAACUCUGAGACCAGAGAGGGGCUACCAGAACCAACAGUUUCUGGUUUUUCUGUUUUUCCUGAGUGUAAACGACUAUCUGUCAGCACUCCUGUACCCUCAGGAGCAGAAACACGAGAAAGCCAGGAUUUUAUGUACAGAGCUUCUGCGAGUGUUGGUCCACUCUGCUGACUGGCUGCUCAUUUUUAAUUUGAAUGCUCUUGAUAAAGGUGUUUAUCAUUUGGUUACAUCAGAUGAGUUUACCAGGCUGUUACCUUGGGCCUUUUACAGGCUGCUGCUCCAGCAGAGUGCUGAAAUGUGUCAGAGAGCUGUGAGCUGUCCGGGGUUCCUCCAUACAGCCGUUCUCUGCUACAUCAAUCUGCUGACACUUUUCCUUGAAGGACACAGACUUGCACCAACCUCUCCUGACCACCAGAUGGAGUCUUUCCAGAUUCUGAGGGAGGCCAAGCAGUUUCUUCUAAGAGUGAUAUCACAGACGUCUCCAACUGCUCUGUCCUCCAGCCAGCUCAGACAGCUGCAGUCCCAGUGUGCAGAGCUGGACCCAGAGGUGGCAGCAGCUCUCUCGGUGCAGCUUCACUCUGACAGCCACAGUCCAGAGAUGGACUUCCUCUGAACAGCUGCACACUGCCGUUCUAGAUAAGACUGUCAACAGCAA